AUGACAGGUGUCACUGACACAGAUUUCUCUCUCUUUCUCUCUGUCUUUCUCCUCCCCCCACCUCUGCCUCUGCUGCCUGAUUCCAAGCAACGCCCCAUCAAGCAGUCCUUGAGUGCUUGCAUGUGCAGAGAAUCCCACUGGAAAUGCCUCCUCCUCUCCAUCCUUAUGUACGGCUGCCUGGGUGCUGUGGCCUGGUGUCAGCUUGCCCGAGUCACCAAGCUCAGCUUUGAUAGUUCCUUCAAAGGCAAGUCCAUGAUCUACCAUGACAGCCCAUGCUCUGAUGGCUAUGUCUAUAUCCCAUUAGCCUUCCUAACCAUGCUGUAUGUGGUCUACCUGGUGGAGUGCUGGCACUGCCAUGUCAAAAGCCAGCUCCAGUACAAGGCCGAUGUGGACAGCGUUUAUGAAUGCAUCAAUCGCAUGCAACAAGCCACGCCAUGUAUCUGGUGGAAAGCCAUCAGCUACCACUUUGUGCGACGCACCCGGCAGGUGACCCGGUACCGUAAUGGAGAUGCUUAUACUACCACGCAAGUCUACCAUGAGCGGGUCAACACCCACGUAGCUGAAGCCGAGUUUGACUACUCUCAUUGUGGAUACAAGGACAUCUCCAAGGAACUGCUAGGCCUGGAAUGCUACACAGCCACCAAGCUGAAGUUCACCAAGUGCUUCAGCUUUGCCAGUCUAGAGUCUGAGAACUCCUACUUGACCCAGAGAGCUCACUUUUUCACAGAGAUUGAUGGACUGGAUGACUACAUGGAGGUCAGGGAAGGUAUGCAGCUCAAAAACGUAGAUUUCAAAGAGCUCAUGAUGGCCUAUGGGGAUCCAGACCAUCUCCCAUGGUACGUGUCCCACUAUACUUUCUGGGUGGCAGCUAUCUUGAUGAUCUCAUGGCCACUGAGAGUGCUUAUAGAAUAUCAGACUGCAUAUGUGCAUUACCAUGUAGAGAAGCUCCUUGGCCUUGAGUACACAGCACCAAGCACAGCAGAGGAGCCCUUAUACAGGUAUCGCAUGCCCAGAGACAAUACUCAGGAUAGUACUGAACUGGAGUGGCAUAUCUGUACCAACCGGCAGCUGAUCCCCAGCUACUCAGAGGCCAUGCUAAUGGAUCUGACAGAGACCCCUAUGUACAACAGCUACUCUGUAUGCCGGUACAGUGAAAUUGCUCAUGGCUGUGAGCAGUGCCAUCAUACCUCCAGCACCUCCUCCAUCUUCUCUCGCCAUGCUUUCCACAGUUGUAGUGGGAACUCCCGGCUCUCCCUCAACACCAGCCGCUUCUCCUUGUGCCGCAUCCAUGGCUCCCACAGGACAGGCCUCUGGAGGAGUCGCAGCAGCAGUAUAGCAGACCGGGGCUGCCAUGAUGAACAAUGUUGCUCUUACUCCAGCCAGCUGGCCAUCAAUGAAAACCCACCAACCUACCACGAUGCCCGUUUCUUCCCCGUGCUAAUUGUGCACAGGCCUGAAGGGCAUGACAGAAGACACUUCUACAUUCGACGCUCAUCCUGCCUGGAGACCUCUCUGUGAUAGGACCCUAUGGGCUUUAGAGCCUCCCUCCCCUAGGGCUACCUUAGCUCCAUGGUUCUAGUUCUGUUUGACAGAGGUGCUACUAACAAAGAAAACAUACAUAUCAAGGCACUGCACAGUAGCUCCACAAGGCAAUCCUCUGAUUCUAAAUUCCUUCCCUGAUAGUGCAAGAAAAUAUGUAUGUUGUGGCAAAGUAAAUGACCUUGUGUCCAAAGGCUACCUUCCCUCUAUUUCCCCACCACUUUGUCUGUAUCUCUAUUUUCUCCUUUCUUUUCUCUUCUCAGCAAACAACCCUUUCUACUCUUCCCUUCUCAUUUCCACCUCUAUCUUUCUCUCACAUUUCAGGUAAGAUACUUUAAACCACUAAAGCAAUUACCAUUUCAGGAUAUUAAGGCAUUUUGCAAAUACUGAUGUAUUUACCUUCCUCAGUCUCUCAUAAGGUAGGAAGCUGAGGAACAGUGCAGUGAAAUGACUUUGCCAAAGGACACGCAAAAGUCAAUGGCAAAGCCAGAAAUAGAACUCAAAGCUACAGACUCCUAGUCUCCUGCUGUAACCUCCAAAUGAGGCCAACCUUCCUAAAGCUCUUUCAGUUUCCUUCUCUAUUGCUUCCUCCUUCUCUUAUCUCUCCAGACAUCUUUCUUUUGUCUUCUCUCAGUUUUGCUUCCCAAGUUGUUUUCAUUCCUUCCAUCACAGAGUCUUAAGAGUUCUGGGUCUUGCCCUAUCAAAGUAUCCAUCUUGCUUGCAGAGUUACUGGAAGUAUGUCUUGGUUAGAAAUAAUGAGUAUGCCACACAAGGGUAACUGACCACUUGUAUAAACAAAAAUCCUGCUCCUGGGCUGAGCACCCAGAACUUUCACUGAAGGAUCAUACACCAAAAGAAAUUUACUACUAAAGGAAAAAAAACCCGUCCUUUUCUCAUCAGUUUUUAUGUCUUGUCUUCUACCCUAUGAAAUUUUACAAAUGUUUCUUAUUUUUGCUAACCCCAGUUCUGCACCAUCAAAGUCAGCAAAUUUAGGAGCACUAGGGUAGACCAGUUGCUGGUUGGCACUACUGUUUUCAACAGCAUAGCCCUGAUUCCCAGUUAUUCCAUUCUUAUAGUAGCAUAGCAGUGAUGUGGCUGAGGCAAAUGUAGCCAUAGUUUACUUUUUGUAGACCCUGUAUUCUGGAGCUGUUUGGAGGUUGAUUUACCCCACAGUGUACAUGAGUGACCCCAGAGUGACUCUGAUUUACAUUUUGCUCUGUGUGAGCCCAGGGAACCCUUGCUAGCACUAUAUACUAGGCUGCACCUCUACUCUAUUUUUGCCAUGCCACUCCAAACCACCAACAUGUCUACUACACCAGGGACUUGCAUUAAGGCUGCCAUUGAGCCCUUAUAUCAGUUCUACCCCGGCCAGAAGGCUUGCUGCAGGUGAUAAAUGGGUCUCAGCAUUAUGUAUAAUAUUGGAUUGGCUCCCAUGUCAUCUUUCACUGCUCAGAGCAAGUGUCUUAACCACUAUUACAUUUAGAUCUAAUGACUCCUCAAUAACAGGCAGUCCAAUGUGGUGAACAUCAGUGGUGCUGACCUGGCAUUAGGUACAGGAGAUGGGACUCUAAGCCUAUCAGUGACACUCCUGCUCUCCCCACUCGGCAGUCAGAGUAUCUGAAAUAUUUCCUAGCUCCAAGAGCCAAAGCAAAGGCUGUUGAUCCUUCUCAGGAACCAUUAGGGACCAUCUCAGAAUGCAAACCUGCACCCAGUAAAGGGCUGUCACAUAGCACACAAGCCUUUGAAAUUUUGCAUUGGGGAGGGUAGAUGUCUUGAUCAUUCCUGGUUUGUAGCGAAUAUCAGAAUACAAUACCAUAUCUUCCAAAAAACAAAGUGUUUUAACCUUUAGGGUAAGUAAGUAAGAAACAAUGACCUGUAUGGAAUUGUCAAACACUGCUUGCUCCCUAAUCAGCUUCUUAUAUAUCCACUUGUAAUUUGGAACGUGUAAAGUCUGGUUAGUAUGUGUAGAUUAUAUAGCUCUAUGUAUCUAUACAUAUACAGUUAUUUCUUAUGGCAUUGACAGUUGCAUCACAUGCAAUACAUUUUCUUUUGGUUUAAUUACUCUCCGUUUUGUAAUACUGCAUUUAUUUCAUUACAAGAGACAUAUGGAUUGCUUUCACUUAUGCAACCUAAAUGUGACCUACUGUAAAUGAUGGUAAUUGCAAUCAGAAAGGUUGUUUUGGUCUGGAUGAAUUCAUUUAUGUAUGUAAUUUUUGUGUAAGUGCCUAUCACCUUGACAGCUAGACAUUAAAAGUUAAGAGGCAUACAUGAUGCUUUUAGCUUGUU